UACGUCAUACGUAUAAAAGUAUUGUUAGGUCAUAAUUCGUCGUUUCGCCGGUGGAUAAUUGUAGAUACUAGAUUUAUUUUAGGAAAAAGCGUAAACUAAAGACAGUCUUACUUUGUAUUCUUAUUAAAUUAAUUAAUGUAGAUCUCAAUUUAAUCAUAUUUCAAUAAGUGAGUGUUCUGCGGGAUUGCAAAUGUUCUUGGUCUUUACUGUUUGAAAUCGAAUUUUUUUGUACCAAUUCUCCACCUAAACUAAAUCAUGUCACACAAGCCAACCCCGUACAGUCCAAACUUCCCUCAGAGUCAAGGCUAUGGUCCUCCACCAGAGGUUGCAAAGAGCAAUGAAAAUUAUCCAAUGCAACCACAGGGCGGUUAUCCCGGUCCUCCGCCUGGACCAAUGCUCCCACCAGGUGCUCAGCCCCUACCUGGAAUGCAGACAGGCUUUCAACCUGGAUUUCAGCCAGGGUUUCAGCCUGGAUAUCAGCCCGGAUUUCAGCCUGGCUUCCAACCUGCAUAUGCGUCUGGUUAUCCUCAUCCUCAGCCUGGCUAUCCACCACCAGUGAUGCAACAGCCUGCUCCACAAGGCCCAGGUGGAUGGAUGACUAUUCCGCAAGGGCUCUCGAACUGUCCGCCAGGCUUGGAAUACCUAUCUAUGAUUGAUCAACUCCUCGUUCACCAGAAGGUGGAGCUGCUGGAAGCUUUUGUCGGCUUCGAGACGAACAACAAGUAUACGGUUAAAAACUCCGUCGGUCAAAAAGUGUACUAUGCCGUCGAAGACAACGAUUGUUGUACCAGAAACUGUUGCGGACCAAUGCGUCCCUUUGACAUGAAGAUUAUGGAUAAUUUCCGUAACGAGGUGAUCCACUUACACCGGCCACUGGCGUGCGACUCCUGCUGGUGCCCGUGCUGGCUGCAGAGCAUGGAGGUGUCUUCGCCCCCGGGCUCCGUCAUCGGCUCCAUAGAGCAGGAGUGGUCGAUAUGUAAGCCCUGCUAUGCGAUCAAGAACGCAGCCGGCGACGUAGUGUUGCGGAUCAAGGGACCAGUUUGCACCUUCUCCAUAUGUGGCGAUGUAGAAUUUCAUGUUUAUUCUAAAGAUGGUGAUACGAAGGUAGGUAAAAUAACAAAGAACUGGUCCGGCUUGGCGCGCGAAGCGUUCACCGACAGUGACUAUUUCGGCAUCACCUUCCCGAUGGAUUUGGAUGUCAGGAUAAAAGCUGUUCUGCUUGGAGCGUGUUUCUUGAUCGAUUUUAUGUUCUUCGAAAAGUCUGGAAACCAAGAGAGCGAUCGUCCUGGAAUGCUAUAAGUUGGAAAUAAUUUACCUACUCACUAAAUCAUACUUCUAAAGGUUAUGAGUAAUACUUGUUUAUGAAUCUCUAAAAGAAUUACUGUAGUGUAAAGUCACUCAACACUAUAUACAUGAAGUGGACUUGUAUUGAAGCAUUAGAUUAAGGCAUAUAUACACAGAUGUGGUUGUUUACUCUAAGCACAAAGUUUUUGAUGGAUAUACUGUAUAACUUUAAUCGUGCUAUUGCCUUAAACAUUAUAUUUUGCAUUUUAUUAGACGUAAGCCUCUACUAUACGCGUGUAACUUUAUUUAUAUAUAAGAAAAAAUAUCCUUGUAAACUUUCUAUAUAACAGUGUAUUGACAUGGUCGAAAUUAUCCUGUCUGUUUA